UCUUACUUGUCAGUUUUGUAAUUCCAGAAUGCAAAUUGAGAAACUGCAGCUUGAAGAGCAUUAGGCAAAAGAGGAAGUUUGUUUGUUCUACAUCUGGCAUUUUGUUCAGCCACAUCUGCACCAGAAUCGGAAAAGUGCACUCUCAUUCCCCGUACUGAAGCAAGUACAGAAAUGUGCAACUUUUAAGGAUGGAGAAAGAACUAAACUAUGCCACAGUAGUUUUCUCUGAUGGUAGAAAACCUCCAAAAGAGAAAAAUGAGGAGCCCACAAUUUAUUCUACAAUAAGACAUGAAGGACCUAAUGAUACAGUACCAACAGAUGGUGAAGCAGCUGCAAACUGUCAGCGCUUUCAUCUGCUGGCAGUGUGUUUGGGGACACUUUGUGUCCUCCUGGUGGCAAGCAUAACUGCCAUCAUCUGCACCACUGUGGUAAUGAACAAACAGUGCGAAAACUUUGAAGCAAACCUCAGCAACCUCAGCAACCUCACAGCCAAAAAUCAGCAGUUGAUGUUAGAGAAGCAGAUACAGGACUUUUACAAAAACAUGAACAAUCUCACCCGGAUGCUGGAAUUCAUCCUGAAAUUUGACACCUUUCCAGUCAACACAUACUGCCCCAAUAAAGUGUGUCAGCCGUGUCAGAAAGACUGGAUUUUGUUCCAAGACAAGUGCUACCUGUUCUACAAUAAAAACAGUAAUUGGAAGACGUGGGACCAAAGCCGGGCCUAUUGCCAAACCUUUUUUGCAGAUCUGGUUGUUAUUGAUAGUCUACAGGAACAGGAAUUCAUCAGUAAUCACACCCAGUCUUACUAUGAUCAGUAUCAUGGAUACUGGUUGGGGUUACAACAAACCUCUGACAAAAACUGGCUCUGGGUUGAUGGAACUAAUGACACCCUAAGGUACUGGAUGAAGGACACAUCUAGUGUUUCAAGUUUAUAUGCACUGAUGAUUCCAGGGAAGAAUAUCACAGCCAGCUGGGACCCUGCAGACUCUAAGAUGCAGAAUAAAUUCAUCUGUGAGGAUAACGUUCUAAUUAAGUUCUCUUAAUUCGCACCAUGUUUUUACACUGUAUUCUUGCUCUGUCUGUUGCAUGCAAAACUAAUUUUCCAAAACUUUAUCACCAAUGUUGGAAAUUGAAAACACUUAAUCAAUAAUGCUCCGGAAACAGCCUAAGUAUGUUUUAGGACAUAAAUGCUCAUUGUUUUGUCUGGCUAAAAUGGUCUGUAUUUUAUACUAACUGCAUCAGUCUUUUGUACAAGUAGUUUAGUCUAGUUUAACUGUAAGAAGUGAGUUGUGGAAUUUAAAUAUGAUAAAACAGAUAUUGUCCAGUUGCUUGACUUGUUGUUCCUCCGCUGGAGAUUUCUAAUUUCUGCCACGCCCAGUGGAUAAUUGUAUUAUGGCAAUUUAUAUACCUGUGACUUUUACUGGGAAGAUACUAAACAUUAUAAACAACUGUUUUUCUUGUAUAGUUGUUGACUUAGGAUUUGUUUCUUUGGAUGAUUCAAAUUUCAAAAUCAUUAAAGCAAGUGGACUUAACAUUUACACCAACAUGCAGUGAUGCACGUUGUGUACUCGCAGAAAUUUCUGUUUUGUACUUCCUCGGCUGACUUAAAUUUCUGCUGUUACAUAAUGUGUCCAGAUGUAUUACACCAUAAAAUUCUUAAUGCACUCUCACUGAAAUGUUCCUUUUUUAUGCACAGUAGUUUAUCGGUCCAUAGACCGACUGUUCUGUCAGUUGUAUCGCUGCAUAUUUAACAACCAAACCCUUUCACAUUAAGCUGGAAGCAUUCCAGUCUCUGUUAAGUGUAACCUUAAAACUAACAACAGAACAUGCAGUAAAAGAACAUUGCAUCCAUUUAAUGCAUCAUUCCUGUCAAAUCUGUUGUAAGCUGUUGAGCCAAACUGUCCUUCCUGUCACAAACUUAAUGACGUCUCUGCUCCUAUGAUAUAUGUAAUCUAUGAGUGGUGCCGGAUUUUCAGGUCAUGGAAAAGUAAAACUGUUUCUAGAUAAAACACAGAAGAGAGCUGAGAAGGAUCAGCUACAUUGUCAAUGUGGGGCUAUAACAGAAAACUACCUGUCACUUACUGCGUAGUUAUGAGUAGCACUUUCACCCUUUGUAUGUUGACAUUGCUAAACUAAGAAUAUUUUUGGCAACACGUUCAAUAAUGGUGUUUGUCUUCAACAAACUGCCAGGAGACUAACUGUACUAUAGAUGAUAAACAGUGUCACUUUUUUCAUUUAAAUAAUACUUAUUCAAAGUUCAGUUGACUUAACAUAUCCCAUCAAACCAUUCAAUGAAAUAAGCUUAUUAAAGCUACAGCAUGUAACUUUUUUCAAAUAGUUUGGUUGUAAAAAUCUGCUCCAAAGCAGUCAGAGAUUUAUAAUUACUUCUGCUUGAUCAGUAAGCUUUUUUGCAUUCUCAUUUGUUGUACUUUCAUAAUGACAUACAGUACAUCUGAAAAGCUAGGCAGAGCGUGGCAGAGCGUGGCAGAGCGUGGCGGAGCAGGGAGAGGGAGCGCUGAGUGGAGCAGAGUGGGUCGAUGUGGAGUUUCAUGCUAGU